AUGGAAAGAAAACCAGAAUGGCUACAAAAACAUAUAUUUGGAAACGAGCUUAUUCCAUAUGGACAAGCUCUGUUUGAAGAGCUUGAACCGGAAACUCAGGAAAGAGUCAUGCAAACAAUACGCGAAGACUCAAAUACAAACUAUGACAAAAUCUUUCUAGGAUAUAGGUUACCUGAGAUGGGCGACCAGAGCCCAAAGGCAAAAAGGACAUGGGAAAUUUACAACAUACUAGGUGAACAUGAGGCAAAGAUGCAACAACUUGAAGCAGAGGGCAAGUUACCAAAAGCGACACCAAAGAAGAAGAGUAGAACAAAGUGA